GCAACAACACAACCUCGUAGUUCGAUCGGCGGUAGAAAUACAACUUAACAUUAAAAUUAUUAUUUGCUUUAUGUACAUUAUAGUUGAUAUUUUAUUUAUUAGUAUGUUUCUUAUUUCCACAAAUUAUGUGCAAAACGUCGUGCGCCAAUAAUCAAUCAGCCUCCGAACUAUGUGCGGCAAAAAGUCUGCCCUGGUCUUGUACCCGUUGACCAAACUUACAGAUUUGCGAAAGCAUAUCUCGGAACAUGGUUUCCGUGUAUCUAUAUCUAUGGGAUUAGUUAUAAGUACUACAUUAAUUGUGGUAUUAGGAAAUUAUUGGAAAAGAAGAAAGUAUUCCCGAGAAUCGGCACCUGUUAUCAAACAUUAUUCCUAUGACAAAAGAAAAGCUAAUAUUGAUGUACCUUCAGUAUCUAGUUUUAGAAUUUUUAGAACUAGCCAUAGAUCACUAAGUCCUAGCAUCAAAUCUACCAAUCGACAAGCAUCUGUGAUAUCUUCAACUCAAGAUUCUCCAAGCCAUUGUAAAUCUUCAGAAGUUAAAUAUACUGCACCUCAACAACUAGGUGUAAUGGGAAUGGAAUCAUUAGCUUGUAGUAUAUCAUUUUGGGAAGAUGCAUUGACAGCAUUUUCUGGCAAUAAUUCAACGAUGGUAUCCAAUAAACUUAUGUCCACUGAAGAUUCUCAAUUUUGUAAAGAACUUCAACUUUUAGUGGACUCUGCUUACUCAUUACAAGAUCAAUGUCAAUUACUUUUCUUAGAUCAAAGGUCAGUAUUAUUUCGUGUUCAGCAGAAUGGAAAUGGUGACACAUUGAAGUUUGAUGAUCGUCGUUCGUCAGUAGAUAGUUUUGUAUCAGCACGCACAGAUGUAGCAAAUUUGAGAGAAUUUGAAGAAUUAAAUUUUGACAACUAUUAUCUAUAUCAAAAUGCUUUAAGGUACUCUGAAAUUGAAGGCAUUGCUUGCAGGAGCUAUCGAACAACAUUAGUGAAUUGUGCUUCAGAUAGAGAAUAUGUCUGUAAAUUACACUGUAUCCGUCAAGCUUUUGAACAUUUAUUCAAGAAUGAAAAAAACUCAAUGUGGUUUUCGGAUUGUGGGAGACGUAUAUUAACUGAUAUAUUUUUAUUUGCCGAAAAAGAUCCUAAGGAUUUUCUUUUAGCUUAUGAAGAGAUGUUGGGUUGGGCAAAAACUGAUGCUCACUGGACAGAGGCUGAAAAUGAAUUGUCAACUAGGGGUGUGAAAAAAAUGACUUUUUAUGAUAUUGUUAUGGACUACAUUUUAAUGGAUGCAUUUGAAGAUCUUGAAGCUCCUCCUACAUCGGUGAUUGCUGUAAUACAAAAUCGUUGGUUAUCAAAAGGAUUUAAAGAAACCGCUUUAUCAACUGCAGUAUGGUCAGUACUCCGUUCCAAGCGUAGUAAAUUGAAGUAUCCAAAUGGUUUUAUGCAUCAUUUUUACAACAUAUCUGAACAAAUGUCACCUUUACUUGCAUGGGGCUUCUUAGGUCCUGAUGAAGAACUGAGCAGAAUAUGUUUAUUUUUCAAGGACCAAGUUAUUGAAUUGAUGCGUGAUAUAUUUAGUUUUGAUAAAUGUCGUUAUACUACCAAAGAAGAACUAUCAGCAGACAUGUUUGAGCAAUUUAAAAUACGAGCGGAGAACAUUAAUAAAAUGAUUGAAAUGAAAUGCAGUUUGGAUGUUAAGUCUUAAGUAUUGAUCUCUUGAUUUAAAUUGAGAUAUACAUUUGCAUAGUUACCAGCUUAUUUUGUGCAUUUGUUUUCUAUUAACAAUUAAUGUAUGUUGUUUGUUUUUUAUUUUUUAUUUAUAAAUUUAAAUUCACUAUU